UGGCGCCCGUUGACCGACGUCACGUCCGCUCCGGUCGGCGCUUUCCUGGAUGUAGCUGUGGCUGACGAGAUUGUUACCGAGCGGGUUGUCUCCCUGAUUUGAGCGCACAAUGUCUGACAGUGAGGACAGUAACUUCUCCGAGGAGGAGAGCGAUAGGAGCAGCGAGGCUGAAGAAGUGGAGGACAAUGAGGAAGUCGAUGAGCGGGUUAGUGCGGCUGGAAGUGAGAAGGGUGAAGAACCUGAGGAGGAAGAGGCUGAAGAAGAUGAGGAUGAGUACGAUGAAGAGGAAGAAGAGGACGAGGAUGAUGACCGUCCAAGAAAGAAACCGAGACACGGGGGGUUUAUCUUGGAUGAAGCCGACGUCGACGAUGAGUAUGAAGAUGAAGAUCAGUGGGAGGAUGGAGCAGAAGACAUUUUGGAGAAAGCAGAGGAAAUUGAAGCAUCCAAUAUCGACAAUGUCGUUCUUGACGAGGAUCGCUCUGGUGCCAGACGUCUCCAGAAUCUAUGGAGAGACCAGAGAGAAGAGGAGCUGGGGGAAUAUUACAUGAAGAAAUACGCCAAGUCCUCCGUGGGGGAGCAUAUAUAUGGCGGCUCGGAUGAACUGUCAGAUGACAUCACCCAGCAGCAGCUGCUCCCUGGCGUCAAAGAUCCCAAUUUGUGGACGGUGAAAUGUAAGAUCGGAGAAGAACGCGCCACCGCCAUUUCUUUGAUGAGGAAAUUCAUUGCGUACCAGUUCACAGAUGCUCCACUUCAGAUCAAAUCUGUGGUCGCCCCAGAGCAUGUCAAGGGUUACAUCUACGUCGAGGCCUACAAGCAAACUCAUGUCAAACAAGCCAUUGAAGGGGUGGGUAACCUGCGCAUGGGCUUCUGGAACCAGCAGAUGGUGCCCAUCAAAGAAAUGACCGACGUCCUGAAGGUGGUAAAAGAAGUCACAAACCUCAAGCCCAAGUCUUGGGUUCGGCUCAAGAGGGGAAUCUACAAGGAUGACAUUGCUCAGGUGGAUUAUGUUGAGCCCAGUCAGAACACAAUCUCUCUCAAAAUGAUUCCCAGAAUCGACUACGAACGGAUCAAGGCACGAAUGAGUCUGAAAGAUUGGUUCGCCAAGAGGAAGAGGUUCCGCAGACCUCCACAGAGGCUUUUUGAUACAGAAAAGAUCAGGUCCCUGGGUGGAGAUGUUUCAUCAGAUGGAGAUUUCCUUAUAUUUGAGGGUAACCGUUACAGUCGCAAAGGUUUCCUCUUCAAGAGCUUUGCAAUGUCGGCUGUGAUCACUGAAGGAGUGAAACCAACUCUGUCUGAAUUAGAAAAGUUUGAAGAUCAGCCAGAAGGGGUUGACCUGGAGGUGGUGACGGAGUCUACAGGGAAGGAGCGUGAGCACAGUCUGCAGCCAGGAGACAACGUGGAAGUGUGCGAGGGAGAGUUGAUAAACCUGCAGGGUAAAAUUCUCAGUGUGGAUGGAAACAAGAUCACUAUCCUGCCCAAGCAUGAGGACCUCAAGGAUAUGUUAGAGUUUCCAGCUAUUGAGUUGAGGAAGUACUUCCGUAUGGGAGACCACGUGAAAGUCAUUGCAGGACGCUAUGAGGGAGACACUGGGCUGGUUGUUCGAGUUGAAGAAAAUUUUGUCAUCCUCUUCUCUGAUCUUACCAUGCACGAGUUAAAGGUUCUGCCUCGAGACUUGCAGCUUUGUUCAGAAACUGCUUCAGGCGUAGAUGUUGGAGGACAACACGAAUGGGGAGAGCUGGUGCAGCUGGACCCACAGACGGUGGGAGUUAUUGUACGUCUGGAGAGGGAGACCUUUCAGGUCUUGAACAUGCACGGUAAGGUGGUCACAGUCCGACACCAAGCUGUCAACAGGAAGAAGGACAAUCGCUUUGCCGUUGCUUUAGACUCUGAGGAGAAUAAUAUUCAUUGCAAAGAUAUAGUCAAGGUCAUCGAUGGACCCCACUCGGGUCGUGAGGGUGAGAUCCGUCAUUUAUUCCGGAAUUACGCCUUCCUUCACUGUAAGAAGCUGGUGGAGAAUGGAGGCAUGUUUGUCUGCAGAACACGUUACCUGGUCCUAGCUGGAGGCUCUAAGCCUAGAGAUGUGACAAACUUCACCAUUGGAGGAUUUGCUCCAAUGAGUCCGCGAAUCAAUAGCCCAGCGCACCCCAGUGGAGGAGCAGCACAGAGAGGGAAUAUGGCCGGUGGAGGAGGAGGAGGACCAGGCAGAGGGAGAGGUCGCAGGGACAAUGAUCUCAUUGGACAGACUGUCCGAAUUUCACAAGGUCCCUACAAGGGCUAUAUUGGAGUUGUCAAAGAUGCCACAGAAUCCACGGCUCGUGUCGAACUUCAUUCCACUUGUCAGACAAUCUCUGUGGACAGACAGCGUCUCACCACUGUAGGUGCUCGUCGCCCGGGAGGAAUGACCUCCACUCAUGCCAGGACACCCAUUUAUGGCUCUCAGACUCCAAUGUACGCCACUGGGUCCAGGACGCCAAUGUAUGGCUCACAGACGCCAGUUCACGAUGGAAGCAGAACUCCGUACUAUGGGUCUCAAACACCUCUCCACGAUGGCAGCCGAACUCCAGCUCAAAGUGGGGCCUGGGAUCCCAACAACCCAAAUACCCCUUCAAGGGCGGAUGAAGAGUAUGAUUACAGAUACGAUGAUGAGCCGUCUCCAUCACCACAAGGCUAUGGAGGAACGCCAAAUCCACAAACUCCAGGGUAUCCUGAUGUACCAUCUCCACAGGUCAAUGCACCUUUUCAUCCUCAGACACCAGGAACACCUGCAAUGUACAACACAGACCAGUUCUCGCCCUACGCUGCACCUUCUCCGCAAGGCUCCUACCAACCUAGUCCUAGUCCGCAGAGUUACCAUCAAGUGGCUCCAAGUCCUGUUGGCUAUCAGAAUACACACUCGCCAGCCAGUUACCACCCGACCCCGUCACCCAUGGCUUACCAGGCCAGUCCGAGCCCUAGCCCCAUGGGUUACAGUCCAAUGACCCCUGGAGCACCUUCUCCGGGUGGGUACAACCCUCAUACACCAGGCUCCUCUAUAGAACAGGUCUCCAGCGACUGGGUUACUACAGAUAUUCAAGUGAAAGUGAGAGACACCUUCCAGGACAAUCAGGUCGUGGGACAGGCAGGAAUCAUUCGCAGCGUCACUGGUGGACUUUGUUCUGUGCUGUUACAGGACAGUGACAAGGUUAUCAGUAUUUCCGGAGACCAUUUGGAACCAGUUACCCCCACCAAAAAUAGUCGGGUAAAAGUCAUUUUAGGAGAAGAUCGUGAGGCGAUGGGCAUCCUUCUCAGCAUAGAUAAUGAAGAUGGAAUAGUGCGGAUGGAUUUGGACGACCAGCUUAAGAUCCUCAACCUCCACUUCUUAGGGAAGCUCGAGUCGUGAAGCCUGCUGUGAUGCAACAAACGGGGUCCUCCAGAUUCUUUCUCGGAAGGGCAGUGCUCACACCAUGGGAGAUUUCUGAGAACAGAUCUGAAUAUAAAAAUGAUGCAUACACCUUUUCUUACUAUCAUGAACUACAUUCGGGGCCACAGAUCUCCUGCGCUCUGCGUGAAAUAGGUUUUGAGCAUUUGCAGCAGUUGUGUCCUUAUUUCUUCUUUCAGCAGAUUCGCCCUCAGAAUCGUUUUUAUUUUUAAUGUUGUCUUCUGGUCUAUCAGAUAUCAGUGAUAGUUUUUUCUGGUGCAAGUUCCACUGUGUAAUAUUUAUAUGGUGCAGUCAAUAAACCAGGAGAACGGA